GAGAGAGAGCGAGAGCGAGAGAGAGAGGUGUGUGUGUGUGUGUGUUUGGGUUUGUUGGUGGUGAUGGUGGCGGAUGAACAGCAUGGCAAACAUCGCGGUCCAGCGGAUCAAACGGGAGUUUAAAGAGGUGUUAAAAAGCGAAGAGACGAGUAAAAAUCAGAUUAAAGUGGAUUUAGUGGAUGAGAAUUUCACAGAGCUGAAGGGUGAGAUAGCGGGACCACCAGACACGCCGUAUGAAGGUGGCAGAUAUCAGCUAGAAAUUAAAAUUCCAGAAACAUAUCCAUUCAAUCCACCAAAGGUUCGGUUUAUAACAAAGAUCUGGCAUCCCAACAUCAGCUCAGUAACAGGGGCGAUAUGUCUGGAUAUCCUAAAGGACCAGUGGGCGGCGGCUAUGACCCUCAGAACAGUUUUAUUGUCACUUCAGGCUCUUCUGGCUGCGGCAGAACCCGACGAUCCACAGGACGCAGUAGUUGCCAAUCAGUAUAAACAGAAUCCAGACAUGUUCAAGCAGACGGCUCGACUCUGGUCACAUGUUUACGCAGGAGCUCCGGUCUCCAGUCCAGACUACACGCGCAAAAUAGACGAACUCUGCGCUAUGGGCUUUGAUAAAAACGCAGUAAUAGCGGCAUUGUCGUCAAAAUCCUGGGACGUGGAGACGGCGACAGAACUGUUGCUAAGCAACUGAGUCCAACCUGAAGGGCCAAAGCACCUUAUCUGACACCUCCAUCCAUACUUUCAUUCACCUGCUCAUCCUCAGUCUAUACAUCCUUCAUCUCUCUCUCUUUCUCUCUCUCAUCUCUUGUUCAUCAUUUUACCAUUUCUUAAAAAAAUAUUUCCCCCACAAAUGAAAAUUCGGUUAUCAUCGACUCUCAUCCGGUUCAAAACAGUGAAAGUUGAUGUUUAUUUAUACUGACUGCUCUCUCUAUCAUUACUCUCAAAUCUAAUUGGUUGUCACGUAUGCUCAGACUUGCUGUGUUGUGAUUGGUCACUUGAUACACAGGAGUAAUUUGAAACCUUGUGCGACUUUAAAUUGUCUUUUUUAAAGCUACAUUUAUGGUAAAUUAGUUAUGGCAUAUAAAUCACUCUUCACUUUUAUUGAAGUAUAGAAAACAAAACCUGUUGUGCUCUACAGAUGAAAGUCUAUUCGUUUCAUUUAUGUCGGAGACGACUUCUGCUCUCUCUUUCAUUCUCAUGAUUUUCAUUGGUUUACUGGUUUUGUUUUUGUGGACUUUCUCUCCACUUCUCUCCUAUAAUCUUCAUCAGAACUGUCAAACAAAUUCUAGCCCCGCCUCCAACUCACGUAACCAAUCAGAACUGUGGAUUCUCUCCAUCCUGCACAAUCUUUUCUCCUCCCUAUUAUUCAGUAAACCUUUUAGAUGAAUGAAAUGGUCAUUUGACUCGUACGGAGUAGAUAUUAACACAAUCAGUCCUGGAGAAACACACACACACACACACACCUGCUCAAUAUAUCAAGAGUUCAUCUGUAAAUAAAAAGCUAUUAAAGUCUGUAUAAAUGAAAGCAAUGUGGCAAGUAUUUAUUACUGCUUUGUGGAGUAGUGAAAUAAACACUAGUUUCAUGGCCGAGCACAUGAUGUUUGAAUCAUCUAUACUUUAAAAACUCACUCAAGUGUUUGAAAGUUAUUUAUUUAUUUUUUUGAAGUGCCUUGAAAUACGCAGCUUCGUUUGAUGAGUUGCUGUAAUCUGUUCUAGACCCUGUCUGUCAUUUCAACCCAAUUGAAACCGUCAGCUCUCAUUUAACUAUUAAAACAGAUCAUAAAGGUAUCAUUUUAAUUCUUAAAGAUAAAAUAUUACAAAAAUGAAGGAUAUUUUGAAUAAAAAUAAAGAACAGACCUCAAGAAGCCUAUUUAAAAUGACAAGCCCACAUUUACAAG